AAAUCCAGCCAGAUCGAGUCAGUCAGUCAGUCCACUGGAUCCGCAGCGCCGCUCCGACAAAAACACACGCUUGAAGGACAACCGCUCGCCGCUUACGCAGACAGGUCCAUUAGCGAGUCUCGUGUUCUGCUGUGAAUCCACGGAGGACAGUUUUGGAGUCGAGCGCCCUCUCGGGCCAGGGUGGUCCAGCUUCAUUAAGAAAGAGCAGCAGCAACAGGAAGCAAGCUGGACGGGGGGGAGGUGAGGGAGGACGAGGGCGCCGCCUUUAUCCUGAGACACAGAGUCUAUACCAGCAGCGAUACUACUGACCCCACCCACACAUCCACCUCAGACGGCCAAGACACCAUGAGUGCCAGCGCAGGUCACAGAUCGGAAGGCCCCGCACAUAACAGGUGUCUCUUUGCGAGGAGGGUGGUACAUGAAAAGGAGGAGGAAACGACAGAAAGAGAAGAGGAAGAUGACGAGGAGGAAGAAGAGGAUAAGAGCUCUGAUGAAGGCCUUCUGCUACAGGCACACCAUGCCAUGGAGAGGAUGGAGGAGUUUGUGCACAAGAUGUGGGAGGGCAGAUGGCGUGUCAUUCCACAUGAUGUCCUCCCCGAUUGGCUGAAGGAUAAUGAUUUCCUGUUGCAUGGGCACCGGCCGCCCAUGCCCUCCUUCAGAGCAUGUUUCAAGAGCAUCUUCAGAAUCCAUACAGAAACAGGCAACAUUUGGACACAUCUUUUAGGCUGCCUGUUCUUUGUCUGUCUGGGCAUUGUGUACAUGUUCAGGCCCAAUAUGUCGUUUGUGGCACCGUUCCAGGAGAAGAUUGUCAUCGGCGCAUUCUUCCUGGGGGCCAUUCUCUGCCUGUCCUUCUCCUGGCUCUUUCACACAGUCUACUGCCACUCGGAGGGGGUGUCCCGUGUCUUCUCAAAGUUAGACUACUCGGGCAUUGCGUUCCUGAUCAUGGGCAGUUUUGUACCGUGGCUGUAUUACUCUUUCUACUGCUCCCCUCAGCCCUGUUUCAUAUACCUGAUAGUGGUGUGUAUCCUGGGGAUCGCUGCCAUCACUGUCUCACAGUGUGAUUUCUUCGCCACGCCACAGUACCGUGGAGUCAGGGCUGGUGUGUUUGUGGGUCUGGGCCUCAGUGGAGUCGUCCCCACGCUGCACUUUAUGAUCACUGAGGGCUUCCUGAGGGCCACCACCAUGGGUCAGAUGGGCUGGCUGUUCCUCAUGGCCGUCCUGUACAUCACCGGAGCCUGCCUGUACGCCGCACGCAUCCCAGAGAGAUUCUUCCCUGGCAAGUGUGACAUCUGGUUCCACUCCCAUCAGCUGUUCCAUAUCCUGGUGGUAGCAGGUGCUUUUGUGCACUUCCACGGUGUUUCCAACCUGCAGGAGUUUCGUUACACAGCUGGCGGAGGCUGUGCGGAGGAGGGUGGCGUGUGAGCCCCGUGUCCUGCGGUGCUUGAAACGCACCACUAGAGGGAGACAAUGUUCCUCUUACCUUUGCCGCCAGCAAGUGUUCCUCCUGCCCAUGAGGGGUAAACCUAAGAGGACAGCACUGAACGACAAAGAUACCCACCUUUAUUAUUUUUCUCUUUCCGUUUUUGGUUUGUUCUCGGUUUUGCCCCCUUAAAUAAAAUGCAUCAUGGGAUAAGGUGGACACAGGUUGAGGAUGGCAGUUUGUUUCCUAAGAUCAUACAUUGAGAAAGAAGAGCUUUUUGGCUUGGUCUACUGCUGUUUGAUGGUCUAUUGCUGUUUUUUCUUUGUACAAGAAAAAGCGUUAAACACAAAAACAAAACAAAAAAAAUGCAAAUGUGUGACCGUUUCUUGGGGUGGGCAGUUAGCCAUUUUAAACUUUUUUCAUGUAAAUAAGAUUUCUAAAAUUUGGGUUAUAUAGAUUUGUACGAAAAUAAAGUUAUAAAAUGUUUUUUAAAAAAUACAUCAUUAUAUGGUUUAACGGAGGUGAAAGAGAGAACGUAGGAAAGAGACCCAUGUGGUCUCGAGUCGGAAGCGGCCAACCAGACGCCUCGGUGUUCUGUCAUCCUAAGCACAGCUGUUAAGAGCUAAAAACGCACCUGUAGGCCAGUGGGACGCCCUGCACAAGAUGGAGCCGCCAGGAUUUAGCACUCACGUACUCCACAAGCCUUCAUAUCGCUGUCAGCGCUGUUUCCUUCCACACAGAAGGCCGGUUUUCCAUCUUCUGAUUAUUUCUCUCUUUCUCUCUCUGUUCUCGUUUUAUUCAUCUUUGUGAAUGUUGACUCAACCUGGUUUGGAAAAAAAAAAA